AUGUGCAUAUAUCAGGCUUCUGCAUCAAAGAAAUACCCUGCUGUAACAGUGAUAGUAUUCUUCCAACUCUUAUUUUCAACCAUUCAGUGUGGAGUAUUUGCAUUAAUUGCUGUGAGAGAUUCAACUGAAUGGAAGCUCAACUUCGAUGUAGGGUUGAUGGGCAUUCUAUAUCAGGCAAUAGUUGCAACAAUGAUACGUUACCUCCUGUGUACGUGGUGCGUCCUUAAAGCAGGUCCUUUAUUUUGUGCUAUGUUCAAACCUGUGGGAAUCAUUUUCACCGUUUUCAUGGGUGUAAUCUUUCUUGCAGAUGAUUUCACUCUUGGAAGUUUGAUUGGUGCGGUUAUAAUAGUAGUUGGAUUUUAUGCUGUAUUGUGGGGAAAAUCCAAAGAGGAGAAUGAGAUUGCUAAAGGGGCUCAGAACAUGGACUCAUCGUGGCAUAAUACUAAUAACUAA